CUCCUUUUAAUCUUUGUUUUUGUCUGCUUUUCUGUGAACACCGAAUGUGAAUUGUUGAGAAAAAACAAGAAAAAUCAAUAUUGGAAUAGUUUUCAAUUAUGAUUUUUAGCAUUUGAGUUAGUAUCGAAGUGAAAUUUUGUGAUUGAUUGUAUAAUUACAUGAUAUCGACUGAAUUCUUAAAAUGUCGAACUUUAAAGACAGCAAAAAUAAAUCGGCUCUUAGCACAAGAUGGGCACAGAUGUCCAAACAGGAGCAGAUUAUUGAAAGAAAGAAGAUAGAGAUUCAAGCUAAGGUGGAGGCUCAGAAGCAAGCCGCUGCACUUGCUGCACAAGUGAAAUUAAAUAACUCUAGUAAUCAAGAUGAUAAAUCAGGCAACAUAUUUUCAAAUGAUGGCUCUUUUAUGAGUCAAUACAAAGCUUUACUUGAACAACAAAAACUAGAUAAAGAAAAAAUAGAACAAGAAAAGAUUGAAGAGGAAGAGAAAUUAAAAGAGAUUGAGCCAAACAUUAAAUCAGAGGCAAGACAAGUCAAAGAUGAAAAUGAUGAAGACAAUAGAGAUGUAUGUAAUGACGAUUCCGAUGAAGACAUUUCAAAUGAAAAACCCAGGGACACACAAAAAAGAUGGAAUAACAGAGGCAGAAACAGUCCUACAACUCCAGUUGUGGAAGAUAGAAAAAAAGUUAUUGAGAAGCAAAUCCCACCAUUAAUGAAUAUGCCUGUUAGAUCACAGGAUACUCAUGCAUCUAAUUCUCAUAAACAGUGGAACUCUUAUGGUGGCUCAGAUACUGAAUCUGAAACAAAUAGUGAAGACAAAAAGGCAUCUCCAAAAGACUCUGUAAGUGCUCAAUCUGGCCCUGGAACCAUGGGACAAGGGCCAAUUGGUCUAGGAUCUAUGGGCCCAGGAGCAGUUCACUUGGGACCACAACACAUGGGUCCACGGCUUAUGGGCCCAGGCCCAAUGGGGCCGGGACCCAUGGGACAUGGUCCUAUGGGGCCGGGUCCAAUGGGGCCCAAUAUGGACGCUAUGGGACCAGGACCAAUGUGUCCAAUGAGACCGCAUGGCCCAGGGCCUAUGAACAUGGGUCCAAAUAUGUCACCUGGUCCUAGACUAAAUAUGGGUCAUGGACUAAGACCUAUGAAUGGGCCAGGUAGACCAAACAUGCCUCCCAUGCCACCUUUUUUUGGUGGGCCACCGAAUUGUCCAAUGCCACCAAACUUCAUGGGUCCCAAUGGACCUCGAGGGCACUGCGGUCCUGGUGGCAUGCCACCAAAUAUGUGUGGUCCUAAUAUGCGUGGCCUUGGACCAAAUGGUCCGAUGCCGCCAUUCUUUGGGCCUCCAUUUCCAAAUCCUGGAAUGAUGGGUCCUAAUGGACCGCCAAAUCCAAUGAUGCCACCUAAUUCUAUGCCCUACAUGGGUUCACCACCCUUUGGCCCCAAUGGGCCCAACUUUCGCAACAACAGACCUCCCUUUGGACCUAAUGGCCCUCCAAAUAUGCCAUUUAUGCCCCCUACCUCAAUGCCACCUAACUCAUUACAUACAAUUCCGGAACCAAAGCCUCUAGAUGCACUCUGCAUUCCGCAUCCAGAAAGCAUGAAGCUUCAGAAUAUUCCACCACCGAGGGUUUUGCCACUGAACCAUAUACCAAAGCGCAAGGAAUUGGAUUCUGAAAACGCAUCCACAGGACCAAAAUCUUCACAAGUUCUCUCUGCAGAUGUGCUGCCGGCGGCCGCGCAGCGCGCCGCAGCUGAGGUCGCCAGCAACGGCGACCAUUGGGAAAAUGUCCUGAAAGCAAUACAUAUACAAGACCAUUUGUGGUUCCUACACAAUACGAAUUCUAAUGAGUACAAGGCGUUCCGUGAGCUGGUGAUGAAACUUCGGAAGGAGGCUGGUGAUGACAAGAGCCAAGUGAAACCUGAAGACAGAUAUGAACCUGAGUUCUGUUUGGAGGAUGAUGAUAGUUAUGAUGAGAGCAAGCCAAUUAAACAAGAGGCGUGUGAUGGCAGUGAUUCAAAGCAAGAUGAUGGCGAACCGAAUGGUAAAGAGGCGGAGGCUCACAGGAGGGAGAGGAAGAGGAAGUCCCGGUGGGGGGAGGACCCUCCCGCCGACAUUAAGCCUCCCGGAAUUGCCCCACCCCUGCCACCAAUGUUGCCAGGUGCGAAAUUAGCUAAAAUAGACGAAGAAGGUAUGAAGCUGACCAACAUCCACCGCAGCAACCCCGCACUGAUGCAGUACGCGAUGACCAACUACGGCACCACCAACCUCAGCGCUGACGACUGGAAGAAGUGCGAGGACAACUUCAAACUUAACCUCCUCUAUCAAGAUAUGUUAAAGAAGAGACAAGAAGUGGAUCGUUUAGCGGCUGCGGGUAAAAAUAAAUAUGAAUAUGACAGCGACGAAGAUACUUCUGAAGGGACUUGGGAACAUAGAUUGCGUGCGAAGGAGAUGUGUGCGACGGAGAAGUGGGCCACGGAGCUAACGAAGCAGGCGGCAGGAAAACAUCACAUUGGAGACUUCUUACCGCCAGAAGAACUCAGGAAAUUUAUGGAAAAAUAUUCAGCAAUCAAAAGUGGCAAGGAGCCAGAUUUGAGCGAUUACAAAGAAUUCAAACUAAAAGAAGAUAAUAUUGGUUUCAAGAUGCUGCAGAAACUGGGCUGGAACGAGGGCCAGGGUCUCGGCGCUGAGGGCGGUGGCAUUGUAGAACCUAUCAAUAAGGCGCCGCAGCCGGUAGCCAACCUCGGUCUAGGCGCGGCCGCGGCCGAGGUGGUCAACUCCGAGGACGAUGAGUUUGACGCCUACAGGAAGCGUAUGAUGCUCGCCUACAGGUUUAGACCCAACCCCCUUAAUAAUCCAAGGCGACCGUACUAUUAAACUACAGAAAUAUGGUGGUCGUUGUUUACAUUGA